AUGCUGGCCUGUCUGCCAGGACCAGGUGACCUCUCCUUUCAGCUUCUUUCUUACACGCAGAUGAACACUGGACUUCAGAAAUGGGACACUACACAGAAAAUGAGAUCUGCACAGUAUCCUACCCCAGCAGAAUUGGAUGCUUAUGCUAAGAAGGUCGCCAACAAUCCACUGACUAUAAAAAUUUUUCCAAACAGUGUCAAGGUUCCCCAGAGGAAACACAUACGCCGUACUGUGAACGGACUUGAUACUUCGGGCCAGAGGUACAGUCCCUACCCGUCUCAGGCCACCACGAAAACAGGCCUCCUGGCGAUAGUCAAAUCUCCAGCGAAAGGAAUUAUCAAAGACUUUGACGGGACACGCACGCGUCUGCUGCCGGAAGCGAUGAUGAAUCCCCCUUCCACACCAUACGUUGCACCUAGCACUUUAACCCACCCCCAGGCGCUUGCUCGCCAGCAGGCUCUCCAGCAUGCACAGACUUUGCCGCACCCCCAGAGUAUACCGCAGCCACAGACUUUGCAGCACCCUCAGGGUAUACCACAGCCACAAAGCUUACCGCACCCUCAGGGGAUACCGCAGCCGCAGACGCUGCCGCACCCUCAGAAUAUGCAGCAGCCGCAGGGCUUGCAGCAUCCUCAGACCAUGGCACACCAGACUCUGCAGCACCCCCCGAAUCCUUUGCUGCAGCCAGGUUUACAUGGAAGCAGAAAGAUGCCGGAUGCAGAUGCGCCGCCGAAUGUGACCGUGUCUACCUCAACCAUUCCCCUCUCUAUGGCUGCCACCCUGCAGCAGAACCAGCCACCGGACCUGAGCAGCAUUGUGCACCAGAUUAACCAGUUCUGCCAGGCCAGAGCUGGCAUUAGCACUACCUCAGUAUGUGAGGGACAGAUAGCAAACCCCAGCCCUAUAAGUCGCAACCUGCUUAUCAAUGCAAGUACCAGGGUAUCUACUCACAAUGUCCCUACACCCAUGCCUUCCUGUGUAGUAAACCCUGUAGAUCAUGCUGCUGCUGCUAUUCCUCCUGCCUCUGUUAAUGUGCCCAUGGUGAAUAUUAACAGGGUGCCGCCCGCGUACCAGAACGAAAUCAAAUCGGUUGCGUGGAACCAGCACCAGCUUGCACAUCUGCAGCAAAUGUGUGGGGAUGCUGCUGGGCCUGCUGGACUCGCAGGGAAGCACCCUCAGAGAGAGAUUGCGGGGCAGAGUUUUCCUGGCAAAACUUCAAACUACCCUCAAGAACUGUGCAUGGGCCAGUCGUUCAGCUUGAAGCCCCCCAUCGAGAAGCCUACGCCUUCUCCACCUGUGAACGGGUUGCAGGGACCCUUGCCAUAUACCAAUGGGCACUAUUUCCAGCCCAUGUGGAAUAACAUUCUGCCCACACCCAACAGUGACAGCUCUGGGUCCCAGGACCUCGCCAUGCCUUUCCACGGGGGACAGCCCGCAGGAGCGCCGCUAGAUUGUGCAGGAGGAACUCAUUACAGAGCUGGAGCUGGCCCAUCCAGCCAGAAUAAUGUGAUGCAGACCAUGGAUUACCUAAGUGGGGACUUCCAGCAGUCCUGCUUCAGAGAUCAGAGCAUGGCCGUGCUGGGAAAAGUCCAUCGGCCUCCCAUGAACCGAGCACCUGAACCAACUGAUAGUCGAAAUCUUCAUAUUCAACACCCAGGGUAUAGAUAGGCUGCAGUCACUUUCACAGACAAAAAUUAUAGGUUUAGUCUUAAUUUUAAUUAAUAAGCAAGGCAUUUUUAACUUGCAAACUUGUGUGAUCAUUAUAGUAACCAUUGGAAGAAGACAUACUGUAUAUUUAAAAGCUUUGCUUACAUGUUAUCUAUCUCCUUUAUACAUCACGUAUUUAACAUGCCUUUUGUUUCAAAGAAUUUCAUUACACUACUUCACGCCACAGCUGUUUCCUCACCGCAGAAUCCCCUUUGUGCAGCUUUUGCCUUCUGCUUAGUAGCUACUUGCUGGACUGAUGUUGAGUUGCUGCAGGGUUUCACAGUUGCAUCUGUUUGCCAGCUCCAUCAAGAGCGAGGUAGCGUAGCUGCUUAAAUUUCCAUCUCAAUUUCCUCUGAAGAUUAAGAGCAACAGAAUUUGUCAGGAAGCAGGGCUUAUUUUCAACUCGAAAGCCCAUUUCAUUAAUGCAUUAAACAUUGACCAUUUGCACUGUCUAGAGGCCUAUUUAAUUGAAAAAGAAGCCCGCAUUUGAAAAGAGCUAGCUAGUGGUAUGUAUUUAGGCAUUAAUAUAGGAAGAAGCUUUUCAGCUGUUUCUUGCCGAGACACCCCCAUUUAUCGUUUAGACUUUGUCCAAAGUCAAAAGUCUCUGGCAGAUUUUUCUGACACUUUUUUUUGCAGACAGGGUAUGGAGGAGGGGGGAAUGGCGGUUUUAGGACGUAGGCAGCAUAGCUGCUGUAGGUAGCUGCCUUUUUUCUGCAUUGUAUUUCCCUUCCCCUCUCCCCUUUUGCCAGUAUAAGAGCUAACUUUGUCUGAACCCCUCGCUGCUAGGAGUCUGGCUGUCCUGAUGUGAAGGGAAUCCAGACCCACUGACAACUCCAAAAAGGGUUCAGCCGCUUCUCCGGUAGCUAGAAUUAAUUUCAGGGCAAGGAGACGUAACUCGAGCUCGUCUCCGGUGCAGUGAGCGGGCACACGGGGCGGCAUGGCACCGUCCCGUUCAGUCCUGACGGGACUGGAGGUGGUUGAUCUGAAGCGAAGCUCUGCUCACGAGCUACUGUGGGACCAACGGUCCUGUAUUCCUCUCCAUCAAAACACCACAGCAGAUUUAAUGGAACGAUUCUCCUCUCUGGGAAUUAGUGAAGCUAUUCAUAACAUCCCUUUUUCCCAGGGUUUCGGUGCCUAACUCCCUGUGUUCCCUUCCCACGUCACUUCCAGCAGCUAGUAGAGUCAGUGACUGUAGGACACUAACUAUUGGGUAACCUCAGCGUCUUGUUCUCCUCAGUGUACCGAAACAUACCUUUCCUUUCUAACAGCCGAAUUUGUUGUAAGUAGAAAAUUUCUCAUCUCUGUUAACGAGACUAAUACUUGAACAUAAUGAUCACAAUCAAGUUUGGAAAUUAAAAAAAAAAAAAAACUCCAAUAAAAAAAAUAAAUGCAUUGAUUCUUUAUAUGUACACUGGCUAAAAAUAUUGCUCUACACUGUAACUUUUAAGUGUAAUAUUUCUGUAUGAAUGUCGCCUGGUAGUGUGGGUUUGAGUAGCAUUGUGUAUGGGUGAACCCACUGGCCUCUGCCAUCCACCGGCCUCCCUCACAGCCCUUUGAAAAACAAAGCCUUAAGUAUUUGCUCCUUGAACUUUCCUUAACGAGCAUGGUUUGAAAUCUUAAGACAUCAUACAAAGUUUAAAAAAAAAAAAAAAAGUUUUGAAGUGACGUCAUAGUUGGCUAGAGAUUCUUAAAAGUUUUUCGUAAAUGGAAAAAUUAGAAAACAUUUAUUUGUAUUUUUUUAAUUUAGACGUGUAGUCCUGGGCUGUAACAAAUAUUUAGGUUUCAAAGCUUAGCAGAGUACGUUCUCUGACUCCUUGCGUAAGUUAGUACACUUAUGUCAUUAUUUAAAUUCUUUUAAGUGUACUAUAAACCGUUCUUUAGUGGUAACUCUUUAGCAAAGUUAAGCAAUUUGACUAAAGACGGAUUAAAUUAUGUGUUGGCUUGUGUUGCCUUAUAUUUAAAAAGGAAAAAUUGCCUGAUUGUGUUAUGCCAAAUGAUAGCAACAUGAAGUCCUAAUUUAUUGUUUAUAAUCGUAUUCCUGCAGUCUUUGUGAAAACUGGUAAAUAUACAUCUAUGAAAGAACUAAAAUCCUGAGGCUUUUCAUGCAAUAUUUUUCUGAAUACAUUAUAUUGGAAGCCAAGGUUCGAGUCUGAAGCUGCUUCCCUUACAGUCUCCCCGCCGUCUUCCCCGUCCUACUCCCCCAAAUCGAUCUAGGGCUGUGCUAUGACUUUGACCUUUCCUGCCGAGUUAGUUACUGUAAGGUGUUCUGCUACCUGAAUACGUACCUUUUUACUAAAUAAAAUACUGGCAUCUCCUCUGUUCAGCAGCCUGCUACAAAUCUCAACCCAGACUGUUAUUAAAAGCUGAUUUUUUUUUUUCCUCCUGCUCUUCUCCUGAGAGAGAGACUUGA